GGGGUUGGACCUAUCCAUGUCGUCAAAGGCAAGGUCAACAGCAAGUAUUAUUGUGACAAUAUCCUUGACGAUAAAUUUUUUCUCUGGUGGAGAACAAACCAAGAAUGGAAUCCAGCACUCGUCUUUCAAGAGGACGGAUCACCCCCCUCUACAAGCAAGCUAACCAGAGCCCACAAAGCCGCAAAAAAUCUGCCACUCCUUCCUGACUGGCCACCUAGCUCUCCGGACCUCAACAUCAUUGAGCGGCUGUGGUGGAUUCUAGAAACAAAACUGCGGCAGAGGAAUCCACUGCCCACUGGAAAGCCUUCCUUGGCAGCUGCACUGAAGGAGGAAUGGGCCAAGAUCCCGCUGGAAAUGGUCCGCAACCUAUAUCGACAGUGUGAAAGGAGGACCCAUGCGGUGUGGGAAAGUGGCGGCGGAGCUACAAAGUACUGA